GUUAGCCGGCUUGACAUUUGACAGCAGAUAUUUUGCAAAUUUUUUUUAUUUGCCAAAAAUAUCAUCUCUGACAUUACCACCUAUCUGACUUACAUAAGAGUAGCCUCUGUCAGUGUGUCAGUCGUGUCGUGAAAAAUUCUGCAUACCACACGGAACCUUCGAGCGAUUAACAAAAUGUUUUCCCAACGUGCUGCAACUUUAUUGGUCCCUUUGGCCGUUGAGGCUACUUUGCAGGCCCAGCAACAGCGUGGUAUGGCCACUUUGAAAGCCAUUUCCAUUCGCUUGAAGUCCGUUAAGAACAUUCAGAAGAUUACGCAAUCCAUGAAGAUGGUAUCAGCUGCCAAGUACUCGCGUGCUGAACGUGACUUGAAGGCUGCUCGCCCCUAUGGUCUGGGUGCCCAACAGUUCUUCGAGAAGACCGAAAUCCAAUCGGACGAUAAGGCCGAACAAAAGAAAUUGUUCAUUGCCAUGACCUCUGAUCGUGGUUUGUGCGGCGCUGUCCAUACCGGUGUUGCUCGUUUCAUCCGUAACGAAAUGAUGAAGGACUCCUCCAACACCAAGAUCAUCUGUGUCGGUGACAAGUCCCGUUCCAUUUUGUCCCGUCUCUAUGGCAAGGACAUUUUGUUCGUCGCCAAUGAAGUUGGCCGUUUGCCACCCACCUUCAUUGAUGCUUCUCGCAUCGCUCAUGAAGUUAUGAAGUGCGGUUAUGACUUCACCGAAGGCAGCAUCGUCUACAACCGUUUCAAGUCCGUUGUGUCGUACCAAUGCUCCACACUGCCCAUCUUCAGCUCAAACACAGUCGAAAAGUCCGACAAAUUGGCUGUCUACGACUCCUUGGAUGCCGAUGUCAUCCAAAGCUAUUUGGAAUAUUCCCUUGCUUCCCUCAUCUUCUACACCAUGAAGGAGAGCGCCUGCUCCGAGCAAUCGUCCCGUAUGACUGCUAUGGACAACGCUUCCAAGAACGCCGGUGAAAUGAUUGAGAAGUUGACAUUGACAUUCAACCGUACCAGACAGGCUGUCAUUACCCGUGAAUUGAUUGAAAUUAUCUCUGGUGCUGCUGCCUUGGAUUAAACAUCCAAUAUUGCUGUUACUAGCCAGCCUUAGGCAUAAUAAUAAUACAAAUACAAUUCGAAGAAAAA